GUCGCGCGCAGAUCUGUGGGGUGUCACGGGCGCGCGUGCACGGCAGCAUCAUCACGCGCAGCAUCUUUCGCCCACAGACAGCACUUCAUUUCACUUACUUUUUAUUUCUCAGACAAAAAGAGCCUUUACUACUGCGUCAUAUCUGGAUAUUCUGCACUCCUGGGUAACCGUGAGGAUAUUUGCGCCGCUGAAUUGGAGUGUUUUCAUGGAAAAUGGCGAGAUGGGCUCACGCGUGUCUGCUGCUGAUGAUGGUGAUUUUCAGCGGAUCGUGGACCGCAGUGGACGCGCUCACAUUUCCACAGCAUUACACGAUCAUGCACUGGGCUCGUCGCAUUGAACAGGAGAUUGACAGAGUCUUGCAGCACAUCAGUGGCGCUCAGCAACUGAAGGGGAUCUACAGUGAGAAGAGAAGACAGUUCAGUUUGGUCAGAAACAACCCUCGAGACAUUGUAGAAAAAGUAGCAACUGACAUUGAGAGACUGCUGGCCAAGAAACGCAAAGCGCUCGAGAAACUGGCGAGCGAAGCGGAGCGUCUUCAGAAAGAUCAUCGCUGGCAGGAUGGAAUCAAGGAGGAAAAUAUUGAAUAUUAUAACUCUAAAGCAGAGAUGGACUAUGAUGGUGAGGACAUCGAUUCUCAGAUGUCGCUGAAACUGGAGUUUGUGUAUGACCCGAUCUUUAAGAACCAUGUGAAUUUCUCACACACUGCCGUCCAGAUCCCCACAGACAUCUACAAAGGCGCUCCAGUUAUUCUGAAUGAACUGAACUGGACACAAGCAUUAGAGCGAGUCUUCAUGGAGAACAGCAGAGACGACCCGUCGUUACUCUGGCAAGCAUUUGGGAGCGCUACGGGGGUCACAAGAUAUUACCCAGCUGCUCCCUGGAGAGCGCCGGAUAAGAUCGACCUUUAUGAUGUGCGACGGAGACCCUGGUACAUUCAAGGAGCGUCAUCACCGAAAGACAUGGUCAUCCUGGUAGACGUGAGCGGCAGCGUCAGUGGACUCACUCUCAAACUGAUCAAAGCUUCAGUCACAGAGAUGCUCGACACGCUCUCCGAUGACGAUUAUGUCAAUGUGGCUAGGUUCAAUGAGAAGGCCGAGGCAGUGGUGCCCUGCUUUAAGCACCUGGUACAGGCAAAUGUACGUAAUAAAAAGAUCUUUAAAGAGGCAGUACAGCAGAUGCAGGCCAAAGGAACCACCGAUUACAAAUCUGGCUUUCACUUCGCCUUCAACCAGCUGCUCAACAAGACGAAUGUUCCUCGAGCCAACUGCAAUAAAAUCAUCAUGUUAUUUACUGACGGAGGGGAGGACCGAGCUCAGGACAUAUUUGAGCAGUACAACUGGCCCAAUAAGACGGUCCGUGUGUUCACGUUCUCGGUGGGGCAGCACAAUUAUGAUGUCACUCCGCUGCAGUGGAUCGCAUGUGCUAAUAAGGGAUACUAUUUUGAGAUCCGCUCCAUCUGUGCUAUAAGGAUUAACACCCAGGAGUAUCUGGACGUACUGGGCCGCCCCAUGGUUCUGGCAGGCAGAAGUGCCAAACAGGUGCAAUGGACCAACGUCUAUCAGGAUGCUCUGGGUCUGGGGCUGGUGGUGACGGGGACGAUGCCGGUCUUCAACCUCACCGUAGACGGAAACUCUCAGAAUCAGCUGAUUUUAGGGGUGAUGGGGGUCGACGUUCAUCUGGAUGAGCUGAAGAGACUCACGCCACAGUACAAGCUGGGAGCAAACGGAUACAUCUUCGCCAUUGACCCAAAUGGAUACGUGCUCAUGCAUCCGAACCUGCAGCCUCGAGAGGAGGAUUUGCCAGAGCCGGUGACUCUGGACUUCCUGGAUGCAGAAGUAGAAGACAGCAGCAAACAAGAGAUUCGUCGGCAAAUGAUUGAUGGCCGAUCAGGAGAGUUGACGAUCAAAACACUAAUUAAAUCAAUGGAUGAGCGCUACAUUGAUGAGGUCAUACGUAUUUACUCCUGGACACCAAUUAAUGAUACUGAUUACAGUCUGGGUCUGGUGCUUCCUCCGUACAGUGAAUAUUACAUCCAGGCUGAUCUCAGUGAUGUCAUGCUACAGCUGCAGUAUUUACAGUCUCUGCUGCCGAACUCUUUUGAGUCUGCCGGUCACGUGUUUCUGGCCCCUAGAGAAUACUGCAAGCGUCUGCAGAUGGCUGAGAAUAACACACAGUUCCUGGCGGACUUCCUGUCUCUGAUGGUGGAGAUCUCACCUGAAUCUGAAGACUGUGAUCAGGGUCUCAUUCAUAACCUGAUCUUGGAUUCUGGGAUCCUCUGGCAGCUCGCCACACGCGUUUGGCAGAACAAGGACCUCAACACGUACGGCUUCCUGGCGCUGUUCGCGUCCACCAAUGGAGGCGUCACACGCGUUUACCCCAACAUGGCUGCUGAAUCAUGGGACGAGGACCCUGAGCCUCUGAACUCAAACUUCUUCCGUCGCAGUCUGGACAACAAAGGCUACAUCUUUAGAGCGCCAACACGAACCUCGAUGGAUGAUCUGUUAAUCGCAGAGAACGGCACUGUGGGGAUUCUGGUCACCACUGCGGUGGAGGUCGUGAUUGGAGGCAAAACCAUGAAGCCUGCUGUGGUCGGCGUUAAGCUGGAUUUAGAGGCCUGGGUCGACAAGUUCAAGAUCCUCGCCAGCAACGUUUCGGACAGCAGACAGGCCGCACAUAAGUGCGGCCCAUCCAGAUCCUGUGAGAUGGACUGUGAAGUGAACAGCGAUGAUUUGCUGUGUUACCUGAUCGAUGACGGUGGUUUCCUAGUGAUGUCCAAUCAGAGAGAUCACUGGAAAAAGGUGGGACUGUUUUUCGGCGAGGUCGACCCCUACCUGAUGUUCGCCCUCUACAACAACUCAAUCUACGCACGCCAUCAGACUUUCCAGUAUCAGUCGGCCUGCGAGCCGACGGCCAGCAGCCACACAGGAGCCGCACACAGAGGAUUCUAUGUGCCCUCCAUUGCUGAUUUUCUCAGUCUGGCCUGGUGGACGUCAGCAGCGGCGUGGUCUGUUCUCCAGCAGUUCCUGUAUGGACUUAUCUACAGCAGCUGGUUCACCACAGUAGACGCCUGGGCUGAGAGUUCAGACACUAAAGGGAGCAGCAGCUGCGUGACGGUUCACAGUCAAUUCUACUUCACCAACACCACCAACUCCUUCAAUGUGCUGCAGGACUGUGGGAACUGCUCCAGGUGUGUGUGUGUUUGUGUUUGUGUGUGUCCAAACAGUCCUUUGUUAAACACAUUUCUAAACACAAACACUCUUUCUGUCAGGCUGUUCCACGCCAAGCGUAUAGAAAACACAAACCUGUUGUUUGUGGUGGCUGAAACGCUUCCCUGCAGCUCUUGCGAGAUCGAGAAACUCCUACCUGUCAGAACAAAGUCUCAAGAAGAGAACCCGUGUGAUGUGUUAAAUUCUGCCCGCUAUCGGAAAGGACCUGACAAAUGCUUUGACUACAACUUAGAGGAGAACACGUCUGAGUGUGGGAGCGCUCACUCUUUACACUGUCCAAUGGGAGCUCUGCUCUGGGUUCAGUUAUUGUCACUUUACCUCAUUCUACGAUCAUAAUCUGAGUCCCACUGCCUUUGGUGUUCCUGUCCCUCAUCCGUACGACGCUCCGGUCCUCUCCUGACAUCCUUCUGAUUUUCCAGCUCUCUGUCUCAUCGUGAGGUGCAUUCCAGCUGUGUGCCGUUACAGCAGAGCAUGAUGGGAAAAUGUGUCUUAGUAACCCCUGACAUUGUGCAGAUCCAAAAGAAAAAAAACGAAACUGUCUUAAAUCGUUCACCUUUAUAUUAGGAAAACAUACAAAAAAAAAAAAAACCUUUCUGCUGCCGUGAAGUAUUUUUGCUUGCCAAAUCCAAAAACAGGAAAGGACCUGGUUUGUUUCGAAAUACUGAAACACGACACAAGUUUUGACGGUUAUUAUCACAAUCUCGCACUGAGUGUUUAUUUGAGUCUUGCUUUGUUCUGGAUUUAGUGCCAAACCCUGAUAUAUGUGGAUGCUCAAACGCGGGGGACACGCAGCUUUCGUUGAAAUAUUUUGUUCGAGGCUUCCUUGCCAAAAGAGAAUGCCGUAUUAUCGCAAACUGCUUUGUUUAGGAAAAGAAGAAAAAGAUUUCAGUUACGUUUCCCGUUUAUUUACAGCUUUGUCGAAUGUUUUAAGGGCAUAUAUUGUGUACAAAAACUGCUGCCUGGUUUGUUACCCAACAGUGCCUUGGCGCACUUGUCCAAAUGGACCAACAAUAGCACUGGACGUGGAUUCGACUGACCCUGAAGGGAUGCUGGAGAAAGACACGGUAUUGAAUGUUAACUUGACUUUGGUUUACAGUAUAAGGGUGAAUGUCACGAAACAUGGCAAACGUUUCUAUUUCACCCCAAAAUCAAAAGAAAAAAAGAUUUCGCAAAGAAAAUGAAGCAUAUUUUGAGGACCAUUAAGAUUUAAAAAAUAAAAAAUAAAGCACAUUUUCCUUAAAUUUCUCAUUACUGUAAUGAAAAAAAAACUUUAUCAUUACCAUAAUGUGGAAAAAAAAAAUACAUUUUAGGAAUUGUUAUACUGCCUUAAUUAGUGAUUAUUUAAAUCAUUUUUAAUCUAAUUCAGUAAAAACAAUACAUGAAAAUAAUGUAACAGCGCAAAAAAAAUUUCUUACAAGUAUUCUUCAUUUUCUUUUUAUAAUUUUUUGGGGUGUUUUUCUAUUAAUUUUGGGGUGAUUUCUCAUGAGACUCACCCGCGCACGACCUUUGGCAUUCAGUAUGGGUUUUACUAUACAUGUUCUACUGAUUCUGUCUUUAGAAAGGCACUCAAAUGGUUUUUAAUUCUUUAAUGUAAAUAUGGUUAUUCCACACUGAGUUGAUCUAGGUCAGUGUCUUUGGUGACACUUUACAAUAAGGUUCAUUAGUUCAAGUUAGGUAAUACAUUAACUAAUGUUAACAAAUGUAAACUUAUUGUAAAAUGUUACCAUGUGUUUUAAUGAAAUGGAAUGCAAGCUGAUGUCUCACUGUCCUGCUGCAUGCUGGGAAAAAAUGAUAACUGCUAUUAAACUUCAUACUAAUUUUGAGGACAUUUACUGGAAGGACACUCGACCCUUACAGCCAUUCGAUGGACCAAUUUUGUCUUCUCAUUGAGUCCAUAGAUGCUAUCGAAGGGUCGAUAUGUAUUUAUUUUUAUUUAGUUUAAAAGAUGGUAUGUAUAUUGCUUGCGAAAUGUAUCAAGUGUGAAUUUUGAGACGCUUUCAUGCUUUUGAAAUGUUUUGGUUUUUAUCGCAGAUGUUUUGUUGCUUUUCAGUGAUUAUCUAUAACAAAGGUCCAUUUAGACAAAAAAAAAUUAGUUUGUGGUAUUUCAUCUUUUAAUGUGGCCACACUUCCAAAACAACUGUACUUCCAAAUGAAUCAGACUGGACCGAGAUUCUUCUGAAUUGGACUGAAAGGGUUUCGCUCAACGUGUUUUGUAUCGUAAUGGCUUGAGCAAUACUUUGAAUUAUAUCGACUACGCUGAAAUGCAAGUGAGCGCUACUGAAUUAGUGUAAGGAGAGCAUGAAAUCAGUAUAGAGCUGCUUUCUUUGGAUGACUUUGAUUCAGGCUUGUCUUUGAAUAUCGGCUUAAUGUUUGUAUGUGAGCUAUGAGUGUUCUAACAGAAUUAUUUAAUGCCAAUAAGAGUAUUUAUACUAUUGUCUUUAUGUAAAAUUCUCUCUGUGUUACAAUGAAUUUAAAUGAUGUGAAUAGGAAUGUUUUAAUUCUUUUUUGUUUUUUUGUUUGUUUUUUAUUUCGUUGUUCUGCAGAUGUUUGUUAACUAUGUGAAAGGGUUUUUCCUCCCUUUCUGCAGUCUUCCAUAUCACUUCAUUUUGUACAGAUGGCACAAAAAUAUCAAGAAAGGCUAACUUUGUAUCAUAUUGUGUCAUUCACUUCUGGGAGAUGUUUAUAAGAGAAUUGGUGAGAUAAAGACAUUCAUAUUUUUCACGUCA